AUGAGCACCAACGACAUGCUCGGUGUACCGCCGCUCUCAGGAACUUCGCAGCGGCUUAGUAAUGGGGAUGCUCAGCCUCCUUUGGCUGAGGCACCACUCACGGUUGGUGAACAGCGGGAGGCGGCUGUUACCCCACGCACGCCCUCGGUAGACCAGCAAGCAUCGCCCAAUUGCCCACACGCAUCCUCUGGGCUGGUGGAUGCACAAGACACCCGAGGGGUAGAUGGGCGUGGGCAGGAACCAAGUGAUCCGGGGAUGGACAGGGCAGUGGCGGCGUGGGAGGCGCAACGCCGGCACUUGCAGGAGCUGCAUAAUAGGCGGCGGCGCGAGCUUCCACUUGGUGCCACGGCAACAGAGUCGCCCGGCACUCUUGGAGCUUCAGUGGGUCCUAGCAGGGCUCCACUUGGACCGCGCUUGGCACGACGGCAGGAGCUGAGGCGUUUGUUGGUAGCUGGCACGGGCGGUCGGCAAGAGUGGGCGACGGCAGAGCAGGCGGAGUCGACAGCGGGGAGGCAGGAGGUGCAGGGGGCCCUGCUGGCGGAUGAGGGCCGGGAGUGCGGGGCAGGUGGGCAGCAGGGGGUGACGGAUGCAGGCCUGCCGGAAAAGGUGCUGAGGAGGCAGCCGAGCCGUCUGGCGGAGGGCCAGCUGGGCCUGCCGACAAAGGUCCAGGGGGAGUUACUCGAGGAGGAGCAUUGGGAGCGUGGGGAACAGGGACGGAAACCAGGGAGGGAGCAACCGGAAACGCUGUCGGCGAUGCAGCAGGGUCUGCCGGUGGCUGCAGGGGAGACUAGAGACAUCAAUCCCUUCCCGAAGGCACGAACGGGGGCGUCUCUAAAGGGAUGGGCUGGAGCUAUAGGGGAAACGGAUCAGACAGGGCAGCAGCUGCGUGAGCUGGGCGCUCAGGCGCAGGGGCCCGUGGACGACCAACUGCCACGAGGCAAGGGCAGGAGGCGACGCGGAGGCCAGGGCAAGCAGCGGUCGGGCAAUCAGCAGGAUCAGCAGGCAGAGGGCGAGUUGGGGCGGCCGCUUACGAGCCAACGUCCGGGAGGCCAGCUGGUGCGACGGCGGCCACUGUCAGGGGAACAGGGAGUGACUGCAGCACCUGAGGGCGUGCAGCAGGCAGGGGGACAGCAGGGAGUGACUGCAGCACCCCAGGGCGUGCAGCAGGCAGGGGGACGACAGGGAGUGACUGCAGCACCUGAGGGCGUGCAGCAGGCAGGGGGACAGCAGGGAGUGAUUGCAGCACCUCAAGGCGUGCAGCAGGCAGCGGGACAGCAGGGAGUGACUGCAGCACCCCAGGGCAUGCAGCAAACAGCGGGACAGCAGGGAGUGACUGCAGCACCUGAGGGCGUGCAGCAGGCAGGGGGACAGCAGGGACUGAUUGCAGCACCUCAAGGCGUGCAGCAGGCAGCGGGACAGCAGGGAGUGACUGCAGCACCCCAGGGCGUGCAGCAGGCAGCGGGACAGCAGGGGGUGACUGCAGCACCUCAGGGCGUGCAGCACGCAGGGGGGCAGCUGGGGGCGAGGGCAGCACUUCAGGGCGUGCGGCAGCGGCAGCAGCAGCGGCAGAAGCGUCAGCAGCAGCAGCAGCAGCAGCAGCCCCCCCCGAUCCCUCCGGAAAGCCCCACACCGGGGGUUGCGGAGAAUUCAGCCACUCCUGACACGGCUCCACUUGCUCCAACUUGUGUCCCUUGCGAGUUCUGCUUUCACACAUUUCCGCCUGGUGGUGCGGCCUCCCGCCACAUAGUUGCAUGUAAAGCGGCAGAUGCUCAGCGGCGGGCUCAGGCCCUUACUUCCUCCCCGAACCUGAGCGAGGUCUUCGGGGCAGAUCCAGUACCUCCGCGGGAUAUCGGCGAGGAGGUGUGGGGGGCGGUGCCUUCGUGGGACUGGGAGACUUUUUUCAGUAUUCAUUCUGUGUCGGGAGAGCUUCUUCGUCGGGUCCCGCAGCGGGCGCGACUGGGGGUGCUUGAUGCAUUGUGCUGCAUUCUCAAGAGACUGAAGGCUUCCCCUGGGGAUGAGGCGGCGACGCUGAUGUUCCUGGCCUUCCCGCGCCUCAUUUUGGGAGUCCCCGCAAAGGAGGGUCUUGGACGAAGGGCAGCCAUAGUAGGGCGUCUCGGAAAGUUCUGGGCAGGGGAAUGGCAACAGCUGUUCGAGGCUGCCUCUGCCGCGUUGACUCCGGCGGCGCGACCUCUUGCCUUCUCCUUACCUGAGCGAGAUGCUGAUGCCAUCCGUUUGGCCCGAUGUCGCACGAGACCAGCAGAUACAUCAACGGCUGAGAUCGCGUUUGUGGACGUCGAGCAGUCGCUGCCUAUUGAGACAGGGAUUGAGACGCGUAAAGUGGGGGAAGAGGAGGGGGAGAGCAAUGGCGGCGAAGGGGAGAGCAACGUGAGGCCAGUAAGGGGCGAAGAGCCGGGGGAUAGGGGGAGUGGGGAUAAGAGGAGCGGAAGGAGAGCAGGGAAAACGAGCAGAGGGGGGGGGAGUUGCGAAGAAGAGGAGGCAGUGGCAAUCAUUGCGAGAGUGCUAAGAGGGAAAUUUGGGCCUCAGAUUGUGAGAGAGGCGGAGGAUGGAGGCGGAAGCAGCGAGGACGAAAAGGAGAUUAAGGAGGCAGGGGAGGAAGAGGAGGUAGAGGAGGCAGAGAGAGUGAAAGAGGAGGAAAGGGUAGCGGUCAGUGAAAUGGAGGACGGCGAGGGGAAGGGGGACGACAUAAAGGCAGAAUUGAGCGAGGAGGACUUGGGCACCACGUCUUUUCCCACACCUGCAAUGCCACUCAAGGGAGCACGUGCAACCUCUCUCUCCUCCCUCCUCUCCCUCUACCGCUUCUUCUCCUCCCACCUCGGCAUCUCCUCCCCUUCCACGGUCGCUUCCCUCCUCGCCUCCCACCCUGCCCUCCUGCGUUCCGAUCCAGCCAGUGACCUGCUGCCACGUGUCCGGCUAUUGCAGUCGUAUGGCAUAUCCCAGGCCACGAUUGUCCACGUCACCAUCACGAAUGCGUCUGGGCUCCGAAGCUCCCUUCCGCAAAUUCAGGGGACGAUUGAGUUUAUUCUGGCUCGGGGCGUGCGCCGAAGCAAGCUAGGCAUGGUGAUCCGGGGUUCGCCGUACCUCAUCCGCUCGCAUGCUCGUUCAACGAACCUGGACAUUUUGGUGGAGGCAGCAGGGAUUCCUGAGGAGAAGCUGGGUGUGAUUAUAGAGAGGUGCCCGAAUAUCUUAUGUCGAAGCGAAGAAUCCAUACAGGAUCAGAUUAAGCUGUUGUCAGACUACUUGUCAGAUGGAUCUGAAGAGGAGGAGACAGAAGGAGAUACCACCAGCAGCACAGGGCACCUGAAGCAACACCUGAAAAAACACCUGAAUCGGCAACGUCUGGACAAAAAGAUCCUCCUGGCGAGGCUUCUCCUGAACUACCCACGAAUCCUCCUCUCCUCUUCCGACCGUAUCUCUACCAACCUCAGCCUCCUCCAGUCCUUCACUCCCCCUGACAGCCCCUCCAUUGCCAUCCCUGUUCUCCGCCAUGCUCCUUCCAUCCUAAAUCUCGGUUCAGAGAAUCUCUUAGCUAAGCUCCAGUUCUUUGUGGAGCUUGUGGGGGAGAAGGCAGCAGGGAGGGUGGUGCGGAGCCAUCCGCUGGUUCUGACUCUUUCCAAGGAGAAUCUGGAGGGGAAGCUGGCGGUUCUGAGCGGUUUAAUUGGGCCGGAGAACGCUGCACUUGCAGUGGCGCGAUUCCCCCUGCUGCUGACUUCCGGGGAAGAGACCAUGAAGCAGAACUUUGGAGAGCUUUUGAGGGAGUUUCAGGAGGCGUUGGAAAGGGGAGGAGGGGAUGAGGGUGGGGUUGAGGGACUGGAGGCAGGUGGGAUUGGUGAAGGGAAGGAGGGGGAUGGAGAGUAUAGCUCUCAAAAUGGAAAACAAGAAGGUACUUCGGGCGUGGGUGAAGGUUCUGUGAAUGGAGUGGAGGAGAGAGCACGUAAUCUGGUGAUAAAUCUGGCCUUGAAGUCCCCGCAAUGCAUUUAUUACAGCUGGGAAGUGAACAUGAGGCACAAGGUGGAGUACUUAAAGCGGGAAAUGGGGCUCUCUAUAAUGGAGGUGCUUGCCUUCCCUCCAUUCCUGGGGUUUAACCUGGAUCGGCGAAUCAAGAUGCGACAUGCGGCGCUGCUGCGGCUGGGCUAUGAGAUCGUGCCCUAUAAGUUGCUGGCUGUUCAGAAGCUCAGCAGCAAUCGGAAAGGGGCUGUGGACAAAGAUGAGGUGAGGGGAAGGCGGGAGGAACAUGUAGACGGGGAGGGGAAGGAGGGUCGGGAAGAUGUGGGGAAUGGGGAGGAUGUGUGGCAAGAAGAGGGUGGGUUUCUGGUAAGACCAUCUCAAGGCAACGACGAGCCAAGAGGAAGAGGGUUCGAGAGCCAAGGCGUGUCACAGCAACAGCAGGCAAAGAGGCUGGUGUGUUUGUCUCAGUUCCUUAGUUGUACUGAUAAGCGCUUCGAGGAGAAGUUCAUGACCGGAAAAUAG